AUGGAACCAGUAGGCCUUGCAGUCGGAAUCUUAGGACUGGCUGGUCUCUUCAAUACCUGCUUGGACGUCCUCGAAAAGUUUGACUCGUGGAGGGACUUCGGAAGUGAGUCUCGUUCUCUAGCGGCUCAAUUUAAAGUUCACAAACUUCGCCUCGAAAAAUGGGGCCAGGCAGUCGGUUUCGAACAAAGGGAUUUAUCGGAUGGGCACGACAAGCUUCUUGAUGAUCCGCGAACCUUAUCGAUAGUCGAAGAACUCCUUUCAGCCAUAAGAGACAUUUGCGGCUAUGACGAUGAUAAUUUUCCAAUGACCGUGUCAGGAGGAGACAAGAGACCCAUCAAAGGCCAACUGCUCAAUAGCCAUUCCCAUCCACACACCUCCCUCGAAUCCAAAAGACAAAAACUCAGUUGGGCGUUGAGGGAUAAAGCGAAACGACUCGCGCAAGUUGAGCAAUUUUCAGUACUUGUGGAGAACCUUCAUAACUUGAUUCCUAUCCGCCGAGAACGAGGUGCGGUCUCAAGAUACGCAGCAUCCACUAGCCGCGAUGACUCUUCUACGUGGCCCGAUGAUAACUUCAUAGGCCAGGGAGCUUGGGCCACGCAAUUCGGUCACAUUCUGAGUAGGAUUGAGAGCGAAAUUGAGGCCGAAACAAGGCGAGAUCUACAGACAUGGAUUAUGGGUAGCCACCCUCCCGACGAGCUCUACGAAAUAUAUGUCGAAAGGAGGAUAGAACAGACCUGUGAAUGGGUGUUAAACCGGCCCUGGUUUCUGGACUGGUCCUCAUCCGAUUUUCCAGCAGGUGUCAAAAGCCUUUGGAUCAAUGCCCCCGCGGGAUUUGGGAAGUCUAUCCUGUGUGCGAGAGUCGUUGAGCAUCUAUCUUCUGUGCUGGAGACGCCUAUUGUCCAUUUCUUUUGUUCGUCCGAUUUUAAAAGCACAGAAGAUCUCUUCAUAGUGGUAAGGUCAUGGCUAUCUCAAAUGAUGUCUCACCCAACCGCAUUUGCGUUGGUCCGCGAGGCGUGGGUAGUCCAACAGGGACAGAGAGCGAGACGCGGGGAUGUCAUUAAGCUUCUGCGAGAAAUCUGCAUAGCCAUACCCGGUUGCACCUUUAUCCUGGAUGGGUUGGAUGAGUGCAGUUGGCUUAAAGACACUCAGAAGGCUGGUGAUAACGACUCAAUCGCCGGCUUUAUGAAUGCAUUGAGACAGGCUACUACAGAUACAGCCGCGCGAAUCAUGAUCGUUAGCCGCGAUGAACCGGAGAUCCGAACUUGUCUUUCCAACGAUGUCUACGGCGCCCCUUUUUUUGAACACAAGAUAACGCCCGAGGAUGUUCGCUCUGAUGUUGUGUCAUAUUCUCGAAGCAUUGUCCAAAAAAAGCUGCCGAAAAAGACAGACACAGCAAAAGAGGAUAUCAGUCGGAAACUCGCUGAGCGCUGUAACGGACAGUUCCUGUGGAUUAAGAUGCAGGAGGACUCCUUACGCAGUGGGAAAAACCAGAAGCAGCUGGAGCAAGCAAUCAAUACCACACCAAGUGGGAUUGAUCAAAUCUACGAACGAAACUGGAUAAAAAUGUCACAGCUCCCCGAAGAAGGUCGAGACCGAGCCUUUUCCUUGCUACGCUGGACAGCCUUUGCCCUACGACCGCUAACAGUCAGUGAGAUAACGGAAGCCCUGUUAAUCAGUGAACACUGUGAUGACCUCCGAUUGGACGAGCUACCAGACACUAUUGAUGUGGAGUACGUUGAGACCGAAAUAUUAUAUUACUGCGGAUCACUCCUCGAAGUUCGGCGCCCUCAAGCAGAAUGUUCUGCUGGAUUGUGGACGGUACAUUUGGCACAUUUCUCCGUCAAACAGUAUCUGCUCUACAACAUCCAAACCCAAGGGAGAACUUUGCAGCUCAACAGAGCCUUAGCCCAUUGUACAGAAGCAAUUGAAAGCACCUUACUCGCUAAAAUGUGUCUCCGCUACGUGACCUGUCCAAGGGUCUGGCGAGAUAAAAAUCCUGUGGAAAAUGACCGGGUCCUUGGCUAUUUCUUGGAUUACGCUGUGAGAUCUUGGCAAAAACAUAUCUCUGUUGGCAACUCAAGGGAUGCCGAGGCGGUGGAACUCGUGAAUCAGCUCUUCGAUAUAAGGAGGUCACAUUGGAUUUCGUGGAAAGAAUGGUUCGAUUUGAAUGAUGAGGAAGGAGGGAACCAGUCAAAACUUGAAGAAAGCUCAGUCAGCUCAUUGUAUUAUGCAGCAUGGCUUGGUUUAACUGACGCUGUAAAAUUCUUGAUCCAUGACCGUAAGCAUAGCACCAACGAGAAAGGCAAUUUCGGACGGACACCGUUGGUUGCAGCCUGCGGGAGGGGGAACUUAAGGGUUGCAGAAAUACUUCUUGAUCAUGGGGCACAUGUCACAACUUUGGACAAUGAGGGGCGCUCACCAAUAUAUCUGGCGUCCCGAGAGGGCCAUUUUGAUAUCGUUAAGCUGCUUUUGCAACGAGGGGCGGAUAUUGCAGUUACGAACAAAAACGGCUGGUCGCCAGUGAAUGCGGCCUCAUCAAACGGCCAUCUCGAGGUUGUCAAUCUCCUCCUCAAGAAUGGUGCAGAUAUCAAAGUUGCGACUAUUGACGGUUGGACGCCCGUGAAUACGGCCUCAGUUGAGGGCCAUCUCGAGGUCGUCAAGCUCCUCCUCGAGAACGGUGCAGACAUCAAAGUUGCAACUAAUGACGGCUGGACGCCAGUGAAUAUAGCCUCAUCAAAGGGCCAUCUCGAGAUCGCCAAGCUCCUCCUCGAGAACGGUGCAGACAUCAAAGUUGCAACUAAUGACGGCUGGACGCCAGUGAAUAUAGCCUCAUCAAAGGGCCAUCUCGAGGUCGUCAAGCUCCUCCUCGAGAACGGUGCAGACAUCGAAGUUGCGACUAAUAAUGGCUGGACGCCAGUGAAUAUAGCCUCAUCAAAGGGCCAUCUCGAGAUCGUUAAGCUACUCCUUGAAAAGAGGGCCGAUAUCACAGUUAUGAAUAGUGACAGAACAACGCCUCUUUAUAACGCCUCACUUAACGGCCACCUCGGCGUGGUUAAGCUACUCCUCGAAAACGGGGCAGAUGUCACAGUUACAGAUAAAAACGGCUGGACGGCCGUAAAUACGGCGUCAGACGAGGGUCAUCUCGAUGUCGUGAAAUUCCUUCUCGAAAACAGUGCAGACAUCGAAGUUGCGACUAACGACGGCUGGACGCCCGUGAAUGCGGCCUCAUCAAACGGCCAUCUCGAGGUAGUCAAGCUACUUCUCCAGAACGGUGCAGAUAUCAAAGUUACGACUAACGACGGCUGGACGCCCGUAAAUACGGCCUUAUUAAACGGCCACCUCGAGGUGUUUAAGCUCCUUCUCGACAACGGUGCAGACAUCGGAGCUAUGACCAGUGAUGGCUGGACGCUAGUGAAUACGGCUUCAUCAAAAGGCUAUCUCGAGGUUGUUAAACUUCUUCUCGAGAACUGUGCAGACAUCAAUGUUGCAACUAACAACGGUUGGACGCCAGUGAAUACGGCCUCGUCCAACGGCCAUCUCGAGGUGGUCAAGCUCCUUCUCGAUAACGGUGCGGAUAUCAAAGUUGCGACUAAUGAAGGCUGGACGCCCGUAAAUACGGCCUCAUUAAAGGGCCAUCUCGAGGUUAUGAAGCUACUUCUCCAAAACGGCGCAGACAUCAAAGUUGCAAAUAACAACGGCUUAACGCCCGUGAAUACGGCCUCAUCACACGGCUAUCUCGAGGUAGUCAAGCUCCUUCUGGAGAACGGUGCAGACAUCAAAGUUGCAACUAACGACGGCUGGACGCCAGUGAAUAUGGCCUCAUUCAAGGGUCAUCUCGAGGUCGUGAAACUCCUUCUCGAGAACGGUGCAGACAUCGGAGUUGUGACUAACGACGGCUGGACGCCUCUACAUUCAUCUUCGAUGAACGGACAUGACGACAUAGUCCGACUGCUUCUUCGAUAUUUAGUUGACCUUGAUGUUCGUGAUAAAUGCGACCGCACGCCACUUUUCCAUGCUGCUGCUAGAGGGCAACUUGGAGCGGUACAAUUACUGCUUUUGCAGAAUGCCGAUAUUAAUGCUCAUGACUGCUACCACUCGACACCGCUAUUCGCGGCAGUGAGAAAUGGACAUGAGGUGGUGGUUGAGCGUUUGAUUGCGUUAACUGAACUCCAGAUCGACUUUCAAGAUGCUUUGGGCCGGACUUUGUUUUGGUGGGCGACAAGAGGGGGGCGCACUAAGAUCAUUGAGCUCAUUCGUCAAUGUGCUCAGAAACAAGGUGUCGAGAUCCUUGAAAGUGGUCUCGAUAUGAAACGUUCUUUAAUAAAUGCCGAUCAUGGUUCUCGGUGGUGUGAUGUCUGCACUCGAUAUGUUAUGAUUGGCAGCUCCUAUUACCGUUGUAAGGGCUGCCAUGAUUUUGACAUUUGUCUAGAGUGUUUUGAGACGGGCGUCCGAUGCCAGAAUUCUUCUCACGAAUGGGACUUCCACCAACUGAGUGGUACUAGAAACGGAUGA